UAUCAACAGAAGUUGCCGUACACGUCUGACGGCCGACUCUAUCGCGCGUGUGGCGGUCUUUACGUUGGACCUAAGGCGUCUAAACACCGGCAGACCGCUUCAGGGGAAGACCAGACAACCAACCAGGGUUACACAGGGGCAGGCAGGGCGUAUACUGAAGAUUCCCUCCGCCGACGGUUGUGUUCCUGUCCCGUCUACCGUCCCAGCCUACACAGGGCUAUAUUUAGUCCUCGGUACCAGCAGGGGCUGCAUUUAGAACAUUCCUGCGGCUUCAGUUGAACCGACUUUCAUACGAUGAGAACCUGAACUCCAGCACGCCUUGACGGUCCAGGCGGCUUUUUCCAGAUACAUCGACGAUCUUGGCCGCGAACCCGCCACGCUUUGUUUCUGUGCCCCCCUCCCCCUCCAAAUCAAACACACAUGGUAAGGCCGUGAGUCAGUCUCCUGCCUACCCCCAGCAGACGGACCGAGGCGACGCCCUGCCCGCAGGAUCCCAGCAGCUCUCUGCUGCCAACAUGAAGCCAAGCUCCUACAUGUUUCGAGACCAAAUCCAGAUUCUUUCGGGCUGGUUCAAGGGCUGGAAUGAGAGCGAACAGACGGUGGCCCUGCUCUCCCUUCUGAAGAGAGUCUCGGGCGUCCAAGCCAAGUUUCUUGUCUUGUGCUUAGAGCAGAGCUUUGCGGAUUCUUCUGACAUUCAGGUCUUGCAAGAACAAGCCAACAACCCAGUGUACCUGAGCUGCCUGUCCAAUGAGCCCAAGGAGAGUGUUGUCUCCCAGUUGCUGUCCAGACUGCCCCUGCUCAAGCCCGGGAAUGCCGACGCCAAGGCCGAAUACAUGAAACUGCUGCCCAAGAUACUGGCAGACUCGAUCGAACAUGGACGCCAUUUGGAAGAGAGCCGACAGCUUCUGUCGUAUUCGCUCAUCCACCCCGCCAUCAGCAACGAGGAGCGCAGCUCGCUGGCGCUGUGGCUGACGCAUCUGGAGCAGCGGUCGUCGGCGCUCGAGAACCAGCAGAACGGCGGCACCCACCACGACAGUAUCAGCCCCGGGGACCAGACCCAGUACGGCUACCCAGCCGACCUGUCCUACCAGGGCAACGGCUUCCACGGCCAGAAGGACUUCCAGGGCGGCCGGAUAAACGGCUGGCGCAACCAGCGGGACUCUGGGAUCGUCAGCAGCUGGCAGGACCUGUCUGGCGGGAUGGGCGGGUUCAUACCGGGCAACCACGCACCUGUGCAGAAAACCUUCUCAGGGCCGGCCAACAUGAACCCCUCCAACAACCAGGCCAUGGGGAUGCACCAGCGCCUCCGGAGGAGCAACUCCCUGACCCCGCCCACCUCCAUCCCCAUCCAGCCCGACUGGGCCGCGCAGGACGACGUGAACAAGAGCCGAUCGGGGUCGCUGCAGGUGGACCACGCCCCGCUGUCCCCGCAGAGCAGCGUGGCCUCCUCGGGCAGCGCGGGCAGCGGCGGAGACAACUGUGACGAGCCGCAGAGAAACACCUUCAACGAGGAGGGCAGUGGCAUGAAAGAUGUCCCAACCUGGCUGAAAAGGCCCUGGCAGCACAACUAUUCACCAUUCUUCUCUCAGCAUGAGAAUAGACUGCAAUCACAAGACGUUCCUGCCUGGCUGAAGAGCCUGCGUCUGCACAAGUACGCCCCGCUGUUCUCUCAGCUGACGUACGAUGAGAUGAUGAACCUGACAGAGGAGCAGCUGGAGGCGCAGGGCGUGACCAAGGGGGCGCGGCACAAGAUCGUCCUCAGCAUCCAGAAGCUGAAGGAGAGACAGACUGUCCUGCAGCAGCUGGAGAAGGACAUUCUGGAGCUGGGGAACCUGCGCAGCGCUCUGCUGGAGCUGAAGUCCAUGCUCAUCACCCCCAUCAAGCCUUACACCCCCCUGGCAGACUCCCCCUCCUCUGCAGACGAGGGCAGUGACGAGAAGUCCCCCCCACCCUCCCCGGCGGCCACGACAGACGGGGAGUCGUCCACAGUACCCAUCCCAGAGGGGGACCUUCCGGGACAGUUCACCAGGGUCAUGGGGAAAGCUUGCACACAGUUGCUGGUUUCCCGGCCUGAUGACGAGAAUGUCAACCUGUAUUUGCAGCUCAUAGAUAAAACGUUGAUCCAUGAGGCGUUCACGAACACCCAGAAGAAGAGACUGUUGUCAUGGAAACAGCAGGUCCAGAAGCUCUUGAGAAACUUCCCCAGAAGAAGCAGCAUGGACAGUGGGAGACAGCCCAGAGGUUGGGGCCCCCAGCACGGCAACACCUUCCCGAACACCUACAGUAUGUUCGGAGGUGUGGGAUCCUUCGCAACAGCUGGUUCUGUUGCUGGGCAACGAGGACCACGCCCGCAGUUCCCUCGGCGCCAGAGUUACGGGGGCACCAAGGUGGGCAUGAUGGGAGGCGGUCCCCCGGCCAACCUGAGAACGAUGAGUAACCCCACGGAUGGGCCGUACAGAAAGCAGGAUCAGAUGCAGAGAGCCCAUGCCACAGUCCAGAGAACAAAGUCUGCCCCUGUCAGACCAUCACAGCCAUCCUUCAUGUUCCCCAGACAAGACUACUCAGUGGCUGCAGAUCCCACAGAGAUCAACAACCGCCUGGAGUCCCUGUGUCUGAGCAUGACAGAACACGCAUUAGCAGAUGGUGCUGACCGGACAUCUACCUUCUGAGAAGUAGAGUCAAAGCAAGACAGAAGAGAAUUAAGAGUAUAUAGAGAAGAUAUUAGACCUAUAUGUAGUCAAGCCAGUUGACCUGCAAAAGAGAAAAACGGAAACUAGAUCACCAAGAGUCUUGGUUACUGAGUUUGUGUCCGACGUUUGCCCACAAUUUCUUCCACUGUUGUUGGUGUUGGUGGGAUGGUAAGCCUGUCCCACCCUCACACGUUAUCCCAAAAUGUGUUAUCUAGCAUGUUGGUACAGAUAAAAGCAGUGUUAACCAUUGUGGAGAGGUGUGUGAACGUUUUGUAACAGUCUCAGUGAGACCGUGGUUUUCGAGGACAAAGUCUUGCAGGCAAGUUUAUACAAUGUCUUGUGUAUCCCGCUUCUGCGUCAGGCCACUGGCACCAGGAAAAUGCUGCAACCAUUGCUUCUGCUUUCUCAAGUGGUCUGAUGAUGAUACAGAUUGUAACUUAAGGUUACCUUAUGAACCUUGGCUGGAUGUGGCUGUCAAGUGUGCACAUAGUACAGUGUCACAGGCUUGCAAGCCUGGCCAGUCACCCUCAUGUCCAAAGCUUGAAUUGUCAUACCAAAAAUUGAAGUGGAGAAAAAUGCUUUGUGCAUGCAGUUUUUGUGGUCAAGGUCUGAAUUGAAAAUACAUUCGUACCACAUGACCUUGUAAAAUUACGAGAACACCAUACUUUUUUUUUCCUGCUAAAUUUUUCCACUUUCUCACAUCCUUUCUUGAAAAAGACAGUGCAAUGUCACCCUGGAACCUUAGUAAGGAGGACGCUUGACAGCCAUAGCAGGAAGGGUUCGUUGUACUACUGAUACUGCCAUGUCCCUACAUGUUGCAUUGGUGUAGACCUACUGACGAAGUGCUGUGAUUUGCACAUGUACUGUUCUGCCCUAUUGUAAAUGUAUAUAACAGUGCAGAAUUUGCUGUUGAUAGAUUACGUGAUGUUCGAUCUAUUCUUGCAAUUGUAUGAUAUAUAUAAUAUGCUGUGCAUCAAGUUGUUAUUUUGCAUGAGAUUUGCCAUCCUGGAUCAGGAUGAAGUGAAGCCCCAGCCAUUCGUGACAUGAAAAGUGUGACUUGAAAGUUUCUCUACAUGACUGAGCUCUUACAGUGCCUGGCUGACAAAGCUGGUGAGGGCUGACCCAUUGUCUUAGAUCACUGAACAUUUGAGGAACGCUAGAUUUCAGGGAGAACUUCUUUCAUGGUUGUUCAACAUACUUUCCAACAUGUCAUCACAUGAUCACUCCCAUUUUUGGUCAUCCUGACCCAGUGAAGAUAUGAGCAGGCCAUGUCCAUAUAUGGUUAUGAUUCUUUUCAUGCCACAUAUGAUGUUGCAUUGUGGGAUUGAAAUGAGUAUUAUUAUCUUUGCCCAAGAAAAAUUGUUUUUUCUCGAUAGAAGAUUAUUAUAUACUAGUACUGACAAUGUUAGAAGAAAGUAGCUCUGCUAAAAGUUUGGUUAGAUCAAUAUAUGUUAGUCUGCAUAUGAAACGACGCUUUGAGAUAUAUGAGGCAAAAACUUGUCUGAAUGGUCAUGCCCUGCGCUAAUGAAUGAAAUAUAUAUGUGAGGUCAACACCAGUCACUGCCAGCCAGGUAGACUGUAAGUCCCUAUGUGGUUCACUUUGUACAUGUACAUAGAUAUCAUUAUAUAUUCAAGGAGAA